AUGAUUGCCGCACUGCAGCCUGGAGGCGGCACCAGGGCAAGAGCCAACUUUCCGGGCGGCACAGCGCAUCCGGCAUUACGCCGUGGCGGCCUCGACGGUGGGUCCCGUCGCAACGGCAAGCUAACCCGGGAAGCGGUCGGAGAAAACCAUCACUAUGAACUGCCGCAAGAUCUGCAGAGGCCCACAAGUGCUGCACAGCAUCAGUGGCUGAGCAUCUCUUCCGUGCGACGAAACGACGAACAUCACAUCACCCCCCGUCGUGCUCCCUUUGACGCUCUUCAGCUUCUCCGCAUUCUCGAUCCUUCGUCAUCUUCAGGGCCCGACUGUAAGCUAGAGACCGCAGCACCCCCUCACCAAAUCUCGCGAUUGCCCGCUCACGCCGGAUCAGAGUCCGAUCCUUGGCUCGGUAAAGACCUUCUGGCGAGUUCCGAAGAUGAAACCUCAUCCUCUCAUCAUCACAAACACCAUGCUGAGCGCGGGGAAGAGCUCGAUGAUCGCCAUCAUGAAGAGGACCAUCAUUCAAAACACAAGAAGAGACGAGACUGCGUCCCCUACGACUAUACACCGCAGACGCGGACGUACGACUUUGUCCUCACCAAUGGUCUCGCUGCUCCGGACGGCUUCCUCAAGAAGCGCAUCUUGAUCAAUGGCCAGUCGCCUGGCCCUCUCAUCGAGGCCAAUGAGGGAGACACGAUUGUGGUCAAUGUCGCCAACUACCUCAACCAUGGCACCUCGAUUCAUUGGCACGGCAUGUUCCAGAAUAGCACACCCUUCAUGGACGGCAUUGCUGGCUUCUCGCAGUGCCCCAUCCCACCCGGUGGCUCGCUGACCUACCGCUUCAAGAUCGAGGGUCAGUACGGAUCGUAUUGGUGGCACAGUCACUCCAAGAUGCAGUACACCGACGGCCUGUACGGUGGCCUCAUCAUUCGAUCCAAGCGCGAUCCGUACCAGAAGUGCCGAGACUACGACGACGAGCGCGUCUUCCUCUUUGCCGACAACUACCACGACUUUGCCGAUGACAUUGUCACCCAGCUCCUCUCGGCCAAAGGCUACAAUGGAACGGUGGCAGCACCGUCGCCCCAGUCUGGACUCAUCAACGGAGUCGGCGUGUUCGAUUGUGCGGCGCUGUACAAGGCCAAGACGCACCAGCCGGGAAUGCCAAGCGCGUGCGACCCAAUGCAGACGCCGACGAUGGAUAUCGAGCCACACAAGAAGUACCGAUUCCGGUUCAUCAACACAGGCUCGCAUGCACAGCACAUCAUCUCGAUCGACGACCACGAGCUGCACGUGAUCGCGGCUGACGGCACUCCCGUUCUGCCGCACAAAGUCCACCGCAUCCCGAUCCACAACGGCCAGAGGCACGACGUGAUUGUCCACACCAACGUCGGCAAGAGUGGUGACAGCUUCCUGCUGCGCUCGACCAUGACGACGAAGUGCUUUGCCUUUGUCGACCCGCUGCUUAAUCCUGUGGCGAAUCUUACGCUGCAGUACAAGAAGCAUGGACACUUUGGCCGGCAGAAGGCACCCGUGCCGCACGAUUGGAGCGACAACAUUACUCCGUGCGUGGAUCUGGACGACUCGCUGCUGGUCCCAGCGAUGGACACUUCAGUGCCGGUCAACAUCAACCCAAACUCGCUCGGCAUCUUCAAUUCGCAGUUCGGCAACCUCAAGCUCGCCAACGGCACCACGCUCGGCCGCUUCUUCAUCGAAAACGUGACGCAGACAAACUAUAUCAACAAGCCGUACCUGCAAAUGGCGCACCAUGGCCAGCCGAUCAAUGCGUCGACCAUCGCGUCGCUGCUCGUGCCGGACGAUGUGUGGGUGGCAGACAUCAUCAUCAACAACGAAGAUACGUUCCUCGACCAUCCCUUCCACCUGCACGGCACCGACAUGCACAUCAUCAAGCACGGCUCGGGCCGCAUCGACCAGGCGCAGUGGCUCGCGCUCAACCGGCAGCCGGGCGCGCUCAACCUCAAGAAUCCGCUGCGUCGAGACACGAUUACCGUCGGCCGCUCGAGUUACGUGAUCAUCCGCAUCAUCCCCGACCUGCCGGGCGUAUGGCCGCUCCACUGCCACAUCUCCAUGCACGUCGCAGAGGGACUCAUGGCCGCCGUCGCCAUCCAUCCGCACAAGAUCCAGCAACUCCCCUGGUCUCAGGACGUGCUCAACCUCUGCCCCACCGGCGGUCCGGCGUUGAACCAAAUCGAGCCGGCUUAA